AUGAAUCCGAUCACCAACAUCAAGAAUCAGAACAAACUCAACGAAAGAGAACUCGCACUCGGAAUUGCCGGAGAUCUCUCAAAAUCGUGGCACAAAACGUACAAAAAUUCAGCGUGGGUCUACGUUGGAGGACUCCCUUAUGAGCUAUCAGAAGGCGAUCUCAUCACGGUAUUUUCACAAUGGGGAGAAGUGAUCAACAUCAACAUGGUUCGUGAUCGUAAGACGGGAAAAUCAAAAGGCUUUUGUUUUUUGUGCUACCAGGAUCAACGAAGUACUGUACUUGCCGUGGACAAUAUGAAUGGAAUCACUUUAUUGAAGAGAAUCCUCCGAGUCGAUCACGUUGACGAGUACAAAGUUCCCAAAUAUCGAGAAGACGCCGAUGAAGAAACAAAAAGAUUAUGGGAAGAAGGAUGCGCGCCAAAACCCAUCUACAUUCCACCGCCAGAUGAGGAGGCGCUGAAACGAAAAGAGGAGGAAAAGAAAAAAUAUUUCGAAAAGGUGGCACCCCUUGGAAAACUGGAUGACGAAAUGAAAAAAGCGAGGAAGGAUUUGAAAAAAAAGAAGAGGAAGGAAAAGAAAGAGAAGCGACGAUCAAAGAGGCGAAUGAAGAAAGAAAAGAAAUUGGCCGCAUUGGAUCCAGAAGGUGAUUGGAAGUCGAAGCAGAAAUUGAUGGAUAAACUUGUUGACGACAAGGAUCUUUAUGGAGUCAAUGAGCAUUUCAACUUUGGAAAGAAAAUCGAGGAAAAAGACGAGAAAGUCUUCAAUGCACGACCCGAUUUCGAGAAGGCUGAUUAUCGAACGAUUGAAAUUUGGAAGAUCAUCAGAGAACAAGAGAAAGCUGAAAAGAUUAAACGAGGAGAGUCGAUUCUUCCAUUCGAAGAGGGUGCCGCCUAUUUACCGUCUCGUUUCAAAAGGGAUGGU